AUGUUGCAUAAGUAUUUAACCGAAAACAAUUUUGUGCAAAGUAAUGUUGAUCACUGUUUGUAUAUCAAACACGUUGAUGGCAAACUCGUGAUCAUACUCGUGUGGGUUGAUGAUUUGAUCAUUGCUGCGAGAAAUGAUAUCUUAAUGUCUGACACAAAGCAAAUGUUGAAAGAUAAAUUCCACAUGAAAGACCUAGGGAGGCUUUCAUAUUUCUUAGGUAUUGAUUUUAAGCAAGGGGUAGAUUAUGUUAGAAUGAACCAAAGAAAGUAUUUGGAAAAGCUACAGGAGAAAUUUGAAAUGUCUAAUUGCAAACCUCGUACUACCCCUGCAGAGCAAAAAUUAGAAUGCGACGGUGAAAAUCUUACUGACCCUAGGAGGUAUCGUGAGCUUAUUGGUAGUCUGAUUUAUGCAAUGACAUGCACUCGACCUGAUAUAUGUUGGACCUCUUAAAGAACAUUGGAUUGCUGCUAAGCAUGUAUUGCGAUAUUUGAAGGGUACUCUUGAUUAUGAGUUGUGUUACAGGAAGUGUGAUGACGAUCUUAGGUUGAUUGGUUAUAGCGAUGCUGAUUGGGCGUCUUCCACCCACGACAGACGAAGUAUUGGUGGGUACUGUUUUAGUUUAACUAAGACUGGGCCUUUGAUUUCUUGGAAAUCAAAGAAGCAACGUACCGUUGCCCUUUCAUCAUGUGAGGCAGAAUACAUGGCUUUAGCUGCAACAGCUACAGGAAGCCUUAUACCUAUCGCAAUUAUUAGAUGAGAUUAUUGAAAUUUGUAAUCCAGUUCAGAUUUAUGAGGACAAUCAGGGUACGAUUGCUUUAUCUAAAGAUCCUGUCAAUCGUCAGAGAUCUAAACAUAUUGAUAUCCGAUAUCAUUUUAUUCGGUCCACCAUAAACGCAGGUAAGGUGAUUGUAAAUUAUUGUCCUACCAGUGAUAUGAGAGCAGAUAUAAUGACAAAAGCGGCUCCACGUUGCAAAUUACAAACAUUUAAAAACUUUUUAUUUGGCGUUUAA